UAAUAAUGUUACCAGAAGUAUUAUACGGAUCCCUCAAGAUCCUACUUGCCUUUGUUAUAUCUCUUGUGAUCUAUUUGGCCUACUUGAUUGUUAUCAGGCCUCUGAUGUUCAGGAGGAAGUUCAGAAAGUACUCCAACGUGCACGUUUCUGAGAAAUUUAAUCCCUUGGUCGGAGAUCUCAACCAUGAGAUGAGAUGCUUUGAGGAGGGUAAAGUGCACUAUGCCCACUAUGUCGAGAGAGCUAAGAUCAUAACGAAAUAUGAUCUAUAUGCAAAAGUAGAAGGAAUUGAACCCUAUAUCGUCAUCAUUAGCGAUAAGGCUUGAAAAGAACUAGCAAACUUGAUGCCUAGGUCGGUAGAUAGAAUUAAUGCAGAGAAGGGGAUCAACGCGUUAAUUGCUCAUUCUAUGGUAGUAUUUAGAAGUACCAAGGAGACAUUGCAAAGGAGAAAGAAUUUCUCUUCUUUGUUAGGACUCAGUUCAGCAUCUAAGCAUAUCCCUCGGACGCUAGAGUGUUGCCAAGAAGCAGUGGAUGAGAUGGUCAAAGAACCAAGCUGUGACUUCAUUCAUCACCUGAGUGAAAUAAAUUUCAAUGCUUUCACUAACGUCUUAUUGGGAAAGCAUGCUGACGAUAUUGUUACGAAGCUACAUCCUUAUGAGAACCCAGAUGGAAAGAUGGAAGAUGUGACUCUUAGAGACUUCUUGAUUAGGAUAACAAAUAAGUAUGCCGAACAGCUGUACAAUCCAAUAACCUUCAUUUUUCCAUUUUUUGCUAAGAGAAAGCUAAUCAGCCCAUAUGACAGAGACGAUAGGAACCUACAAGUGUUCAGAAAGAUACUGCGUGGAAUAAUCACAAGUGUCAAAGACGAGGACACUAUUGGAAAGAAGAUCUACACAGCUCCUGGGUUAACUGAGGAUCAGGGUCUAGAUGAUCUGUUUAUGGCUAUGGCUGGAAAUACAGAAACAACUUCUCGUGCAAUAGUAUCAUGCUUGUACUACCUAAAGAAGAAUAUCCACACCCUCGAGAAGCUAAGAGAAGAACUUACUAACUCUGGAUUUACUAAGGAUUGUGAUUACUUGAAGCAGUACACUGUUGAUAAUUUCCAAAACUGUCCAUACCUCAACUGUGUGAUAAGAGAAGGCAUGAGAAUUGAUACAGUUGUCUCAGGAAGUGGAGAGUAUGGAGCAUAUGAAGACAUCGAACUUUGCGGCGUCCCAAUCCCUAAAGGUACAAAAAUUAAGCUCGAUCUCAUCUCUGCCCAUUAUGCAGAAGAUAAAUGGCUCAGACCCUUAGAGUUUGUCCCAGAAAGACAUGAUCUCGAUUCAGAUUUCUAUAAAAAAUCAAGAGAGGAAGGGAUAGCAGAAGAUGCCUAUACUAGAAGAAGUUUUAGUCAUGGAAUGAGAAAAUGUCCUGGUCAAUCGUUCGCAGUUAUGCAGAUGAAAGUAAUGGUAACAUACCUAGUGACUCACAUUGAGUACUCAUUCACCCAGGAAGAUCUAAAUAAAGAAGGAGUAGGAUUUGGCUUGGGAUCUCAGUUCUCUCCUCUCGUAUCAGUUAGUAAAGCAUAACACAUAAGCUUACUUUCAAGUUGGAUCACUUUAA